AUGUACGGCGAGCACGGGAACAAGUUGGCGGAAGAUGCGAAGCGAAUGCACAAUCUCCAGCACCUGCCGCCAUAUGCCACCAACACUGUCCGUUUGGUGACGAAGGAAGUUCGCGAUUUGGACCGCGACGCGCAGGCUUUCCUAGCGCCAUAUCAGAGCAGCACACAGUCCAGCGACGGCACCCAGAUCAAGUCAUCCUCCUUCAACCCAGCAGAAGAUCCCGCAUUGGCAUGUACCCUUCUCGUGCAUCAUCUUUCCAUGCGCAGGAACAAGAGAUGUCUCAUGGCCUACCACAAGACUCGCACCGACAAGCUCGAAGCCAUGUGCUGGCAGGGUAGAGAUAUUGCUGAGGUUCAGCAGGCAUCUGCCAGCACAAAUGCAGCCGGAGGUCAGAGUGGUCCAACCAGCAGUCUGAGCGCCGAGGAGGAGCAAUAUGUCCACCAAUACAGCAAUCUUCUCGCUGCCUACAAGGGCCAUUGGACCGACAUCGACCUAUCUGGGGACUUGCAACCACCAAGGGACAUCUUUAUUGACGUGAGAGUGCUAAGGGAUGCCGGAGAGAUCCAGACCGAGUACGGAUCCCUCACUCUGACCAAGAACAGCCAGUUCUAUGUACGCCAGGGUGAUGUGGACCAGCUCAUUCAGCAAGGAUAUCUGCAGAGAUUGAGUUGA